AAUGGAUGCGCCAUGAGAUGCGCGUGGUGUACGUGUAUUACGGGUCUUUACAGGAGUUGCAUCAUUACACGUGAGGCUGGACACGCCGCGUUUCCUGUUGAGUUUUGCCGAAAUCCUACUGAAAAAAGGCCAAAAUGUUGACCGCCGCGAGAUUAUUUAACCGCAGUUGCACCGGCGUUGCCUGCGACUUGGCAAGAAAACAACAAUUCAGCACGAUUUUGAAAAAUGUCGCAGCUCCAACAGUCACUGUACCACAUCGAUUUACUGAUAUGCAACAAUAUCGGUAUAAAUCUGAAGGCGUAAAGGGUGCAGUUAUCGGUAUAGAUCUUGGAACUACUUUUUCCUGCGUAGCAGUGAUGGAGGGCAAGCAAGCUAAAGUUAUAGAAAAUGCUGAAGGCUCUAGGACUACGCCAUCUUAUGUUGCUUUUUCAAAAGAUGACGAACGUUUAGUUGGCAUGCCUGCAAAACGUCAAGCAGUUACAAAUUCUGCUAAUACAUUUUAUGCAACAAAACGGUUAAUUGGACGAAGAUUUGUAGAUCCUGAAGUGAAAAAGGAUAUGAAGAGUGUAACAUAUAAAAUUGUGAAGGCAUCUAAUGGAGAUGCAUGGGUUCAAGGUGUGGAUGGAAAAAUGUAUUCUCCCAGUCAAAUUGGAGCAUUUGUACUUAUGAAAAUGAAGGAAACUGCUGCGGCUUACUUAAAUACUCCAGUAAAGAAUGCUGUUAUCACUGUACCAGCGUAUUUUAAUGAUUCUCAACGACAAGCAACGAAAGAUGCUGGUCAGAUUGCUGGAUUGAAUGUUCUUCGUGUAAUUAAUGAACCAACCGCAGCUGCACUUGCUUAUGGAAUGGAUAAACAAGAAGAUAAAAUUAUUGCUGUUUAUGACUUGGGUGGAGGUACCUUUGAUAUUUCGAUUUUAGAAAUCCAGAAGGGUGUCUUUGAAGUAAAAUCCACAAAUGGAGAUACAUUUUUAGGAGGAGAAGAUUUUGACAACGCAUUGGUUAAUUAUCUCGCAUCCGAAUUCAAAAAAGAGCAAGGCAUAGAUGUGACUAAAGACGCAAUGGCAAUGCAAAGAUUGAAAGAAGCAUCAGAAAAGGCUAAAAUAGAGUUAUCAAGUUCCCUUCAGACAGAUAUAAAUCUUCCCUAUCUUACUAUGGAUUCUAGUGGACCAAAGCAUUUAAAUCUUAAGCUAUCCAGAAGUAAAUUUGAAAGUCUUGUAAAUGAUCUGAUUAAACGUACUGUUCAACCAUGUCAGAAAGCGCUGUCUGAUGCCGAAGUAACAAAAUCUGAUAUCGGAGAAGUUUUAUUGGUCGGUGGUAUGACCAGGGUUCCCAAAGUACAACAAACUGUUCAAGAAAUAUUUGGCAGACAACCAUCGAAAGCUGUAAAUCCGGAUGAAGCUGUAGCUGUUGGUGCUGCAGUUCAAGGAGGUGUACUCGCAGGAGAUGUAACAGAUGUUUUACUUCUUGACGUUACACCUUUGUCAUUAGGUAUUGAAACACUUGGUGGUGUAUUUACGAGAUUGAUCUCUCGUAAUACAACUAUACCUACAAAGAAAAGUCAGGUAUUUUCUACGGCAGCGGAUGGUCAAACACAAGUCGAGAUUAAAGUUCAUCAAGGCGAGCGAGAAAUGGCUAGUGAUAACAAGCUUCUAGGACAAUUUAGUCUUGUUGGUAUUCCACCUGCACCAAGGGGUGUACCACAAAUAGAAGUAACAUUCGAUAUCGAUGCAAAUGGUAUUGUGCAUGUAUCAGCCAGAGAUAAGGGAACUGGCAAAGAGCAACAAAUUAUUAUUCAAUCUAGUGGUGGUCUUAGCAAAGAUGAAAUUGAAAACAUGGUUAAGAAUGCUGAACAAUAUGCAAAGGCAGAUAAAGUUAAGAAGGAAAGAAUUGAAGCUAUUAAUCAAGCAGAGGGAAUUAUACAUGACACAGAAUCGAAACUAGAAGAAUUCAAAGCACAGUUACCACAGGAAGAGUGUGACAAACUUAAAGAACUAGUUGCAAAAUUACGAGAAACUUUGGCUAAAAAAGAUGAUGUUGAGCCUGAAGAAAUCAAGAAGCAGACAAACGAACUUCAACAAGCGAGCUUGAAAUUAUUUGAAAUGGCGUACAAAAAGAUGGCAGCAGAAAGAGAAAGUCAAAAUCAAAGUCAAUCACAACAGGAACCUGAAGGCGAGAAGAAGGAAGAGAAAAAUUAAUUUUAAUUAAAUAAUUUGCGUUCUGUAAAAAAGGAAAACAGAUUCACUUGUAUAAGCGUUUGUUGCUGUUCCGUAAGCUCAAAGAAAUUUUUUAUUCUAGUAAAGAAAAUAUAAAUUAAAAUUUCAAUUCUAUGAUAACAAUCGACUAGAAAUAAAGUACUUUCAUACAUAUGGAAAGGAAGAGAGAAAAAAGAAGCAAUUUUCUUUAUCAUAUUUAGUAAUUCUGAUAUAUAAUAGCAAUUUUGUGGUAUAUUAUAUAUAUUUUUUUUAUAAGUUUGCAUUCUAAUUAUCAUACAAAAUUAUCUCUUAUUUCUUGUAAAAUUCUAAAAAUAAUAAUAGUUACCGCAAGUUUUUUUAAGUCUGCUAAAAAAGAGUAAUUGUAUAUCUGUAGUAGUAAUAGCCAAUUUUUUAAAUAUUUGGCUAGUUUUCACAUAAAGUAAUAAAUUAUGUACAUAGCUAAUCACUUGUAUAAUGAAACUAAUGCAAAUUGAUUUUUGUGCAGCCUACGAACAUAUGUAGAAUGUCAAGAUUUCACCGUAAUAAUUAUUGUAAAAUGAUGUGUUACCAAAAAUAAUAUGGAAAUAAUUUGUUAACAAACUUGCUAUUGUAGAAUGCUUCGUAGCAUAUUCAGUGAAUACGUGAGAUGAGAAUAUAGAAUCGAGAGAGUGUGAGAUGAAUGUUUCUGUGUCCACACAAAAUAAAUUUACUUUGUAAACGGCAUAGAUUACCGUAGAGAAUAUUGUUAUUAUGAUGUAACAAACUUAUGAUUUUUUAAAAUUUAAAUAUCUUAAAAGCAUCAAAUUUUAUCGUUUUGUUCUGUUGUUCAAUAAAUCUUAUAAAUUUUAAUGUAUA